ACAAGCAUCUUUCCCGCAAACAUUGGGCGCAUCGUGGAGCAAUUUAUCAAUCUCCAGUCCGCGUCGACUGGUAAGAUGGAGCCAGACAAUACACUGAAGCAGCUCUACGAGGCCAUUUUAGAAAACGCUUUACCAGACGAAGGCUCUCUGACGCUCAUGCGAUAUGUCUUGCAAGCAGUAUCCUUAACUUUUCAACCUAUUUCCAUAUUUACAAUCGAAAGAUUCUCCCCAGCUGAUCCAGAGAACCGAUCUCCCAGUUACGUGCAAAUUCUUGUCGAUCGAUUGGCUAGUGUAAUGAAGGAUGGAACCAUAUAUCUUCCGAUUCAUACUUUACACCCAUCUUUUCAACAAUUCCUCAAGAAUCAGCCUCCUGAGGCGAAAUUCUAUCUGGAGCCGGGCCAUGGUCAUGCCCGCCUAGCUACCGCUUGCCUUGAUCUACUCCCAAACUUGAAAACAGGAACCUGGACACACGUUGUGCCAUUGUCAAAGAUCCCUCGUGAAUGGGAACCAAUUCCCCCAAAAGUCCUCGAGGAGGGACCAGACAUGCCGUUGAGGUAUGCAGUGACAUUUUGGGCAAAGCAUAUGUGUGAUGCGCUGGAUAAUCCUCAUGCUUGUGAUAAGCUCCUUAGAUUCUUCGCCAACGGCUUUCUUGCUUGGGUCGAAUGGGCCAGCGCCAUUCGAGAAAUACCCGAAGGUAUGAAUGCGCUGGAUUGGCAACUUGAAAAAUGGUGCAACGAUGCUCUCAAUUUCUUACAAACAAAUCAAGAAGUAAUAGAGAGAUAUCCUAAGCAAGUGCAUAUGUCCGCUUUAUUCUUCACACCGACCAACUCAUUCAUCCAUAAAUCAUAUUUCAUUGAAUCGCAAACAACUGUUCCCAUCAUCUUCAACAGCCCUUCCAUCGUUCAAUCGACACAUCGAGUACUUAUGAGUGGAGUGGGGAAGUCAGGUAUCCUUGCUUGUGAAUUCUCGUUGGAUGGUCAAAGACUUUGGACCCUCACUGUUAAUGGAACCAUCCGUUUAUGGCGCGCCAGGGAUGGAACUGUGAUCAUGGAUCUUGAGGACCCUCGAUGCGCACCUGGUUUUCGAUGCGCACAAUUUUCAAAGAAUGGGUCUCUCAUAGUGUCAGGUGGAAGUUUGGAUCACCGAGUUGCGAUAUGGGAUGGAGUUACAGGAAAACUGAUCAGAGUGUUCCCGAGAGAACAUCAAUCUGUGGUAAAACAUGUCGUCUUCGCCUUGGAAGAUGGAUUUAUAGUCUCCUCUUUCGAGGAUUCAACAAUGAGGCGUUGGCCUAAUAUCGACGAGCCUGAUUCAGAUCAAUUCAAAGGUGCAGUGCACACCCGAUCAGUUGAAGGGUUGAUCGUUUCACCCAAUGGCGUAUUCGUCUGUUCAUGGUCUACAGACUCUCUCAUCCUCUGGGAUGCAGAAUCACCUUCUUCAAUUCGGAAAUGGGAAGAGAAGGGGGGAUUUGUUGCAGCAAUUUUCUCUCUCGACGGAAGAAAACUGAUCGGGGGUGACGACAGCGGCAAAAUUCAUUUCUGGGAUACAUCGACUACAGAUACUAUACGCAUCAUCGAGGCCCAUCAAGGUUGUGUUUUUUCAUUGGCCAUCUGUGCUGAUAGAACGACCCUUGCAUCUGGCUCUUUGUAUGAGAAUACACUCCGACUCUGGAAUAUCCAUACCGGAGAAGAGUUAUGCUCACCAUUAUCUACACACACCGACGAUAUCGUAGCACUAGCCUUCAAUAGCUUCGCAUUAGUCGGGCACACCGAUGAGCUGACCUUAAUAGCAGUCACACCUGACGGUGAUAAAGUCGUGUCGUCUUCAGGAGACGCUACUGUCCGAUUGUGGGAAAUGGAAGAGUUAUCCUAUGCGUCUUCAGAUCUGGAAAGUUUCAACUUUGGGACUCUGGCACAGGUCAUAUUAUUGGGAACGCUGUUGUUCGUGAUGACGGCCCUCUUUGCUCCUGUGACUUCUCCAUUCAAUGCGACAUAUUUGCAACUGGAUAUGAAGAGGGAGGCGAACAUGACUCUCGCAGUUGGAGGUGACGCCGUAUCAAUUUGGAAGGUCGAUAGAAAUAACUUGAAUGGAAGUGAGCUAACUUGGAAUCUCGAUAUUUUGGCCAUACCAAAUAAAAUUGACUUCUCUCCCGAUGAGAAAUAUAUAGCAAUCUGUAUGACCAAUCAAGAGCUGGACGUAUGGAACCUCGAGGAUGGACGCCUUGCAUCGAAAGCCACUGCUGGGAGAAAAAGUUAUGACAAACAUCUGAUUUUCUCUCCAGAUGGAAAAACCAUCGCAACAGGCACAAUGGACGGUGUUGAUCUUUAUGACUUCAAUGUUCACACAGGCCUUUGUUUGUUUGCGUCAAUGAGAUGUGCUAACUCGCGGAGGAUUGGCUUUUCAGACGAUGGUAGGCAAAUAUACGUAGACACUUACUUUGCUGAUAUCUAUCAUCUUUCACGGGAAAAACUCAAUUAUCCCUUCCUCCGUGGAAGGGUAAAACGAGGAGUAUCAACACCUCUUCCUUCCUUUACUUUCCAAACGCAGUGGUCACAUAUCGUCCCUAUGAGAGAAAGAGAACCAGGGGAGUCAGGUAGCUUCUUGGCUCUUCCUACCAACAUCAAUGUGGAGAAAUGGGAAGCGUAUGGCAAUCAAAUUGCCCUGGGGCUCCACGAUGGAAGCUUGAUGAUUGAGCAGCAG